UCAAUUAUUCCCUUCCAAAUCCUUAAAACAUAUUUGUUCGAAGCAGUUAAACUCAGUCAAAGGAUGAGGCAUUUUUUCUUACCCCGAUACGUGAGAUUUUACCCCAAACUGAUGAAGCUGGCUUUAGUUGCACUGUCCGCAUCUGCAAUAUUCACGAGUUUAUCUCUAACACAUUCGCGCUCGAUUGUCACUUCAGCGAAUGAUAAAAAUAACCCUCCAAGCGAUGAAAAAACAAGGAAUAUGAGCGGCUUAAUUCCUGUAAAAAAACUUGAACAAUUAACCAAUGAUCUGCGAAGGGAAAACAAGAUCCGUGAAACGAAAAAUGAAAAUCAAAAUGAGAAUGUAAAAAAACUAAGUCAGGUUUCCAUGGUUAAUGAAAGUAUCAAAAAUUUUAGGGGCAAGAAAAAUUUCUUUGCGCAAGCAAAUGAAUCCGUUAGGAGAAGAAAUAACGAUUUAACCUCAUUAAAGUAUUCUAGAGUACGCUCCAUCACUGAUAAAUAUUACUUGACUUUCAUGAAAAUGGAAGGCGGUGCUGGAAAAAAAGACUAUUUGGCACCAAUAAAAAUCCGCAUGCCGAGUGCUAACGAAAAUGAAAAAGUUCCUUUGAGAAAGGACCGUCUACUGAUCCUACAUACAAGCCUCGGGCGUGUUGGAAGCUCCUGGGUUUCAGAAAUCUUAGCGCAAGCCAACACUGAAGUACUUUACUUGUUUGAACCUCUCAAAGUUUCCGAGCGAUUGUACAACAAAAGUAUGGAAGCGGACACAGCAGUUGCCAUCAUCUCAAGUCUCUUCAAUUGUGAGUUUUCGAAGGAAAUGUACAAACUCAUGAGAACGUGGAAACUCCUCUACAAGUUGCCUAAUUUGGAUCAAAUUCCUCGAUUUAAUUCAACAUACAUAAUAAAUGAUCUUCCGAAUAUCUGUAGAAGUGCUUCGAUAAUUAUCAUUAAGGAUAUUCGUAUGUCAGUGGCCAGCACAGAACAUCUUUUAGCCUCCUCAGCUCUGCGUGAGCUGCGAAUCAUUUACCAAGUUCGUGACCCGCGGGCGCAGUUGACGUCGUGGGUGAAAAAUAAAAUGGAGUUUAUGAUAAACUCGACAGCUUUGUGCAGUCAACUUGACAAAGAUUUAAGCGAUUUUUCAAAACUUUCUCAAAAGUUUCCAAAAAACUUCUACUUCGUUCGGUAUGAAGAUUUAUGCCGGAGCACCGCAGAUCAAUUACAAAAACUGUGGAACUUCAUUCGAUCGGGUGUCAGUGAACCUCUACCGGAACCCGUCUCAAGUUACAUCGAAUCCCACAACAGCAACAUACAAAAACAAUCAUACUCGACGUAUCGCAUAAAAGAACUUCAAUGGAGUUCAUGGAGAAACGAUAGAUUUUCAGUUACCGUAUUAAAGGAAGUCGAAGCUGCGUGCUCUGCAUCCAUGAGAAUGUUAGGCUACUUGAAGCUGACAGAGGAGCGAAACGUAAGGAAUUUGUCUAUUCCUUCCGUUGAACGUCUCAAUUGUUCUUAUUUCGGUAGAGAACAAUUAUGUUCGUGA